AUGGAGUCCCAUUUAGAGAUAGCACUCAUGAGCAUAAAUAACAGUAAAGCUGUUUUCAUGCUCAGCCAAAAAGCAUGUGUAGUUGCUGCAACAAUUGAAAACAAAUUUUCUAUAGCGGAAAAAUACUCAUCAAAUUUGAUUCCAAUUAGAGAAAGACCAAUUGCUAUGUUAGAAACUAAAAUGAAGAUUUUGGUACACAAAACAUGCUAA